AUGUCCAAGGGAAAGGUUUGCCUAGCUUACUCCGGUGGCCUCGACACCAGCUGUAUCCUCAAAUACUUGAUUGAGGAGGGCUAUGAGGUUGUCUGCUUCAUGGCCGAUGUUGGCCAGGAAGAGGACUUCGAAGCCGCCCGCGAGAAGGCCCUGAAGAUCGGUGCCCUCAAGUGCGAGAUCGUUGAUCUCCGCCGUGAGUUCAUUGAGGAACUUUGCUUCCCUGCCAUUGCUUGCAAUGCUGUCUACGAGAAUGUGUAUCUGCUUGGAACCUCCCUCGCCCGUCCCGUGAUCGCCCGGGCUCAGAUUGACGUUGCUAACCGUGAGGGAUGCUUCGCUGUUUCCCACGGCUGCACCGGUAAGGGAAAUGACCAGGUUCGCUUUGAGCUUGCUUUCUAUGCCUUGCAGCCCAAGAUCAAGGUCUUGGCUCCGUGGCGCGACCCUGUUUUCUACGAGCGUUUCGCCGGCCGCAACGAUCUCCUUGCCUACGCCGCUGAGAAGGGAAUUCCUGUUACCUCCACCAAGUCCAAGCCCUGGAGCAUGGACGAGAACCUGGCCCACUGCUCUUACGAGGCCGGUAUUCUCGAGGACCCUGAUACUACUCCUCCUUCCGACAUGUGGAAGUUGACUCAGGAUCCUUUGGCUGCCCCUGACAAGCCCGAGGACUUCACUCUGUUCUUCGAGAAGGGUCUCCCUGUCAAGCUCGAGUACACCGAGAAUGGCCAACAGAAGACUGUCACCGACUCCGUUGACCUCUUCCUGACUGCUAACACCAUUGCUCGCCGCCACGGUGUUGGCCGUAUUGAUAUCGUUGAGAACCGUUUCAUUGGUAUCAAGUCUCGUGGUUGCUACGAGACCCCUGGUCUUACCUGCUUGCGCUCCGCCCACAUUGACCUUGAGGGUCUUGUGAUGGACCGUGAGGUUCGUGCUCUGCGUGACCAGUUCGUCACCUUCAACUACUCUAAGCUCCUGUACAACGGUCUGUACUUCUCCCCCGAGCGUGAGUUCCUUGAGGAGUCCAUCACCGCUUCCCAAAAGACCAUCAACGGCCAGGUCCGUUGCCGUGUCUACAAGGGCAGCUUCUCUGUUCUCGGUCGCUCUUCCGAGACUUCCAAGCUUUACGACGCAACCGAGUCCAGCAUGGACGAGAUUGGUGACUUCGCUCCCGCUGAGACCAGCGGCUUCAUCAGUGUGUCUGCUAUCCGUCUCAAGAAGUACGGCCAGAUGAAGGCUGCCGCUGGCGAGAGGCUGUAA